GAUGCCCCAGUGCUGCUGCCGCGUCCAGCUGGUUGGUACCUGGGCGUCCUCGCGCCGGCCAUGCAGGAACCCCUGCUGGGAGCCGAGGGCCUGGACUAUGACACCUUCCCCGAGGCGCCCGCGUCGCCGGAAGAGAGAACGCGGGCCGGGGCCCUACAGAACAAAAAGGUAUUUCUGGCCACCUUUGCGGCCGUGCUGGGCAAUUUCAGCUUUGGGUACGCGCUGGUCUACACGUCACCUGUCAUUCCUGUCCUGAAGAACUCCUCCACACCAGAGCUGCACCUGAAUGAAAUCCAGGCCUCAUGGUUUGGGUCGGUGUUCACGUUGGGUGCUGCAGCCGGGGGCCUCAGUGCCAUGGUCCUCAAUGACCUUCUGGGCCGGAAGCUCAGCAUCAUGUUCUCGGCUAUACCUUCAGCUACUGGCUACGCACUCAUGGCCAGUGCUUACGGCCUCUGGAUGCUGCUCCUGGGGAGGACACUAACAGGCUUUGCUGGGGGACUCACUGCUGCCUGCAUUCCGGUUUAUGUGUCAGAGAUUUCACCCCCUGGUGUUCGUGGGGCCCUGGGGGCUACACCACAGCUCAUGGCCGUGUUCGGAUCCCUGUCCCUCUACGCCCUUGGCCUCCUGCUGCCCUGGCGCUGGCUGGCUGUGGCUGGAGAGGGGCCUGUGCUCAUCAUGGUCCUGCUGCUCAGCUUCAUGCCCAACUCACCUCGCUUCCUGCUCUCACGGGGCAGGGACGAGGAGGCGCUACAGGCAUUGACCUGGCUACGCCCAGCCUACGCUGAUGUCCACUGGGAAUUCGAGCAGAUCCAGGACAGCGUGCGGAGACAGAGCAGCCAAAUGUCAUGGGCUGAGGCCCGGGACCCCCGCAUGUACCGGCCCAUCAUCAUCGCCGUGCUGAUGCGUUUCCUGCAGCAGCUAACGGGUAUCACGCCCAUCCUCGUGUACCUGCAGACCAUCUUCGACAGCACAUCCGUGCUGCUGCCCUCCCAGCAUGACGCGGCCAUCGUGGGGGCUGUGCGGCUCCUGUCUGUGCUGAUUGCCGCAGUAACCAUGGACCUGGCCGGCCGCAAGGUUCUACUCUACGUCUCAGCUUCCACCAUGUUCGUUGCCAACCUGACGCUGGGGCUGUACAUCCACUUUGACGCGAGGCCUCUGACCCACAACAGCACGGUGGGCCUGGAGACCGCGAGCUUGGGGCCCACAGACCCCCCAGCCGCACACUUCAGCUACAUCACCCUGGUGCCCCUGCUGGCCACCAUGCUCUUCAUCAUGGGCUACGCCAUGGGCUGGGGGCCCAUCACCUGGCUCCUCAUGUCUGAGGUCCUGCCUCUGCGUGCCCGUGGUGUGGCCUCAGGACUCUGUGUGCUGGCCAGCUGGCUCACUGCCUUCGUCCUCACCUACUACUUCCUGGGGGUGGUGAAAGUCUUCGGGCUCCAGGUGCCUUUCUUCUUCUUUGCGGCCAUCUGCCUGCUGAGCCUGCUCUUCACUGGCUGUUGUGUGCCUGAAACUAAGGGCCGCUCACUGGAGCAAAUCGAGGCCUUCUUCCACACGGGGAGGAGAGCCCGACAUUAACGAGGCCUGCCUGGGAGGGGCCGAGUCACCAGAAGGGCAGCCCGGGCCUUUGCCACAAAUCCACAACUGUGACCAGGAACAGAAGUGUCCUCGCCAUCAUCCAGCGCGUAGGAGCAGCCGGAGUGUUUGUGCCGCAGGCCAGCAGCCUACGGUGCUGCACACACCACGGCCAGCCAGGACUCGCCUCGCGGGGAGCAGGUGACCUGGGCCCCAGGGACAGUUUUGCCAAGGGACGCCAGGCCUGUUUCCCCACUGAUGUGCAAGGGACACUCCUCAUGGCGGGCUGUGGAGGACAGAGAACAGGGUUGGAGGUGGAAAGUGGCCCUGCACAGGACAGCAUGGUGUCAUCCUGCUCUGAUCACUGGAGUGGGGAGAGCAGGGGCCUAUAUUCCUAAGGGUCUGGAUACCCUGAGGAACUUUUUAGACUUCCAAAGGUCAGGGCAUAGGGCCCAAUGCAGCCACUUCCUCCUACUCCAGCCCAACCUUGGGAACAGUUCCAGUCUGCAAACCGUUCACUAUUCAUAAAAAUAAAGAAGUUGGGCCUGCAGCCCUAGGGAGGAA